AUGCAGUAUAAUAUAGAAUACAGUUGUAUCUGCAAGACAGCUUAAAAUCAUUUUGCUUUUCUCUGUGCCCCUCUAAGAAGAGUCUGGCUGCAUGUUCUAGACGCACCCCUUUGGUUACUCGCAUGUAGCAGAUAAUCUUUCCUAACUGUCUCAUGGCAAGACUGACCAGACCCUGUGCUGUCAGCCUCUCCUCUUAUAUUUGUGUGCUUCAGUCUUCCAGUCAUGUUAGUGGCUCUCUGCUAGGCCUGUUGUGUCAAUGAAAUUGCUGUUUUUCAAUGGAGUUAAUAUCAACUCAGUUUCUUUCCAGAGGAUUAAGGUAAACUGAGUGAAUUGUUAGGCAUUUAGCUUAUGACUAUUUAGCAGAAAAAAAAAUCAUGCAGUAGAGGCUUAUUAAAAGUUGUUAAAAUAAUCUGAUUGUUUUUUCUUACUGAAUGACUGAGCUGUUAAAUAAUGAAGAAAUAGUAGACGUUUUGCUUUGCCUCUGGAAGGACUGUAGUGUCCUGCAUUAACUUUAAUUUGCCUUUGAAUUUAUUUUUUAUUUGUUUUUAAUUUAAAACUCCACCAACCAAAUUCUCAAAACCAUCUUCAACAUUCACCAGUGAUAUAAUUUUUAACUCAGAGAUAAUUUAAAAUUUAUUUCAACAUACUUAAACGUAGUUGAGUCUGCCCAGAUUUUGCUCAGUUUUUGUUAAAUUUGGAUAUGGCCCCCUGCCUGGUCUAAGUCCAUCCCAGUCUGAACUACCUCCUGAAGGGCAGUCAUCUUCUCUUCCCAUCUGCCUAUUCAUGCCGCUUUACUUUGUUUGUCCUCUGCAGUUGUGUAGCUUCAUACAAAGGAAGACUGCACAGAAAUCUGAGGAAAAAAAGACACAUUACAUAGUGUCACAUCCCAGGCUAAGAUUAGCUUAGUUUUGUUGUGAAUACACAUCCUCAUGCGUGUUUUGCUAGCAGUAGUGGAGUGAUUGGAUGACCGCAAUCUGGAGAGGUUGCAAGCACUUUGUAAUUCAGUAUGUAAGUGAUUUUUAAAAAUGAGUUUAAAUCACUGAGUUGAAAUUCAGUUGCGGUUAAGUACAAAGUAUUAUGGAAAGAGAAAUCCAGGUUGCAAAUAAAAAAUUGGGAAACAUUCAGAUAAUUGUUUUGUAGCUGUAACAAUAUUGGCUCAGGUUUAAUAGAACAAACACUAAGAUUUGCUGAGGUUACAAAGAAACACCACUUCUAGCUUUAGCAAUACAAGUAUUCAUUGUCUUUCUCACAGGGGCUCUGCUGCCCCUGUGGAUCUGUUGAAUGACCAGGCUGUGUAAGUGCUGUUAAUUUAUUAUGGGCAAAAUGAACUGUUUCAUCUCAGAGCACAAUUUAAACUUUAUUUUAAUAAUCUGCCUAUUCUGAACUGCUGUGUGGAGUGACUGAAGAGGUGGAAGGGGUGGGAAACAAAUCAGUGGUUUCACAGUAUAGCUAGGUCCUCUGCACCCAAAACUUUAGGAACCAUGAAUUUAGAGAAGCUUAGAGGGGGAAAAAUGUUUAUAGGAAGGAAUAUGUAAUUGCAUAUUAUUAAAAACUGGUUCAUGCUGACUAGUGAAACUGAACAAUUCCCUUCUGCACAGGUAUUUAUAAAACAGUAAAAGAAUGUUUUAUACGCCUUGAGAUGGCUUACCUCAAGAGAAAGAACUAGGAUCUUCCACUGAGGACUUUUCCAGACAAUAUAAUUAAUCUGUCAGAUAUAUGAGGAAUGUAUGCAAUAGUGGAGACACAAGAAUCGACCAACCAAACUAAAAAAUGUAUACUUUGAGAAUACUUGUAAGGAAUCUAGAGUUUGGAUGACAUGGGUAAUAAAGGCCAAAUAUGGUGGAACUACACAGUUGGCUGAUGAAAGUACAUUUUGAUAUGACUGAAGGGUAACCUACCAAAAUUCUAGUUCACAGGACACAUUUUAAAUGGCUCCCUCCAUUUGUGUUAAAAUUAUUGCUUUUGAUGAGGAUUGGGGGUGUAUUUUGAGUAGUGCAAAUAUUUAGAAUCAUACUGUGGACUUCUAAAUAUUUUAAAUUCAGCAAACUAGGUAAGUGUGCGCAGCUAAUUUGGGCAAAUACGAAUAGGAGCGGGCAAGAGCUGAGAGCCCCAUGCCUUUUCAGUAUUGUGGAACCCUAGACAGUGAGGUAGCAGGAAGGCUCUACUAAUACCUAGCAUUAUUUUGUACAGCUAAAUGUUCUCAUACACAGCGUGCUGUCUUUAGUCUCUGUUUUAAUUUGAAAGUUUAGAAAAGCUCUAAAGAGGACUAUCUCAAAUUAUUUCAGACACCACAUCACUUCACAGGAGGCAACUUCCAAUGUAAGGCUUUAGUCAAGAAAUCAAGUAAUCAUUUGUAACAGAAGUGUGCUUUGCACAGAAGACACAGCUUUUUGCUAUCAAUAAUGAAAUUGUCAAAAUAAAGUACAAGAAUACAAAGAUACUUGCGUGAGUCCCCGAUACCGUCAGAAUAGAGUAGCAUAUCAGCUUCUUUGUUUUACAGUUCUGAUGUUCUGUGGACUCCUUAAAAAUAUUUAUUCCACUAAGAAGUUCUUCAGAGGUUCAGAAGCUGAGACAUCUGAAAACAACCAUUAAAAUUCACUUACCAGUGAUUGGAGAUAGAGAGGCUACCUACGAUUUUUGAAAGCUGAGAUGUCUAAAGUUUGGGCGAUUUGAGAGAUUAAAUAGACACAGCGUUACAACUGAAUUAAAAUUAGUAUGUUCCUCUUGUCUGUUGCUCUGUAAACACAAUCAGAUGUGUCAUCACCACUAAACAAAUUUCAAUUAUAGAAAAUGAAUGUCCACUCUGUGUGGGUUUUAACCUUAUUGGCAUUUGUUUUCAGUUGUCUCUAAAAAUCUCAUGCAUUUCAUGUUUGGUAUAAUAAUUUUGAAGUGGAUUUGUAUUUAUAGAAUUUUUUUUUUUUUGAUGAUGCUUCAGUUAAUUGUGAAGGGUUUUUUAUUUGGAUUGAGUUCACUUGUAUGGCACUAUUUGUCACCUUUUAAUCUGCCCUGUUGCUUAAUGUUAAGUAAAUGUGUUAAAUAAAAGUUAAACUAUUUACUUGCUUUUAUAGGUAUCUAGAUAUUUUCCAGUAGAAAGACUUCUGUUUUCUGUAAGAUGCUGUUACCUCAAGUGUUAAUGAGUUUCCAGCUAUGAAAAUGUCAUUAUAUACCUUAAGUAUUUAAUUAUAAAUUUGAAAAAUCUUCAUGAGCAAUCUCAAAGGAAUUUUUGGAACACACUCAUAAAUGUGAGAAGUGGAGGAACCGCAGUUCAUUUCAAUACUGUAAUAUUAAUCAGAAUUAUUUUUAAAACUGGGAGACUGAAUAUCCUUGCUCUUUAUGGAGACAUCAUAUGAAAGCAAUGUCUAAGUCUUUGUAAAACUGUUGCCCAAUAGACUAGAAAAUGGAGUCACAGCUGGACCCCAUGAAGGAUGAUUUGCCCUUAAUGGCCAACACAAAUUACAUGCUUGUGAGGCAUUAUGUAUUGGACUUGGAUGUGGAUUUUAAAAGUAAAGUUAUACAAGGCAUCAUAGUUUUAUUCUUUGAGACUGGGAGCCAUUACCUGAAAACCAGCAGUAGUGGCAAAGAAUGCUGUCAGUCACAGUUUGAUGAAACCUGUAAAGUGAAGCCAUGUGAACCCUGCUACAUGCCUAUGACAACUGUGAGUGCCUGUUCACCUAAACUGGAAUAUAAUGAUUUUGCUGUCUGUGGUAAAGGUGAAGAAGACACUUCUGAUAAAAAUGGUAACCAUAGCAACGAGGCACAGGCUUCUGGGAUUUCUAGUUCAAAGGACAUCUGUGACAUACAGAAUCAUGGGAACAAGGAUUUUCUGCUGGUACUGGACUGCUGUGAUUUAUCUGUGCUGAAGGUUGAGGAGGUAGAUGUUGCUGCUGUGUCAGGCAUUGAAAAAUUCACAAGGUCUGCCCAGCUAACAGAUGUUUCAAAGAAGCUGGAAAAUCUCAGUAAUCAGAUUGUACAUGAACUUGUGACUUUACCUGCAGAUCGCUGGAAGGAACAGCUGUACUAUUUUACUCGCUGCAGCCAGGCACCUGGCUGUGGAGAGCUUCUGUUUACUACUGGCACUUGGAGCUUGGAGAUAAGAAAAUCAGGAGUUCAGACUCCAACAGACUUUCCUCAUGCAAUAAGAAUAUGGUACAAAACCAAACCAGAGGGAAGAUCUGUUACAUGGACUACAGACCAGAGUGGCAGGCCAUGUGUUUAUACGAUGGGAUCGCCAAUAAACAACAGAGCUCUUUUCCCAUGCCAAGAGCCACCUAUUGCCUUGUCAACGUGGCAGGCCUCCGUCCGAACAGCUGCAGACUUUGUUGUGUUAAUGAGUGGUGAAAACUCAGCAGAGCCAGUCCAGCUUCAAGAAGGUAUCAUGAGCUGGUACUACUAUGUGACUAUGCCAAUGCCAGCAUCCACCUUCACUAUUGCUGUGGGGUGCUGGCAGGAAGUUAAACAGCAGGGCUUCACAGCUGCUAUGCAGACAAACACUAAGUUUUCCCUGCCAUCUUCACAAGCUGAUUUCAGAUGGCAUGAAGAAAUUUGUGGCCAUGUGGAAUAUCCCUGCCGUUUCCAGGAUCCUGCUGCCAGGUUGGAGGCAGUCAUUCCUUACAGAGUCUUUACUCCCCAUUGCCUUAUGGAAUGCUGUGAAGAAUAUUUGCUUCAGCUAAUUCCUCAGUGCCUCUCAGCUGCUUACACCACACUGGGUACCCACCCCUUUUCCAGGCUUGAUGUUUUGAUAGUUCCUUCCAACUUUUCCAGCCUGGGAAUGGCUAGCCCACACAUCAUCUUCCUGUCACAGAGUGUAUUAUCAGGAGGGAGCCAGCUCUGUGGAACACGUCUGUGCCAUGAAAUUGCUCAUGCUUGGUUUGGACUGGCCAUUGGUGCUCGCGAUUGGACUGAAGAGUGGUUAAGUGAAGGGUUUGCCACUUUUUUAGAAGAUGUAUUUUGGGCUAGGGCACAACAGCAGCUGUCACAUGAUGAAGUAAAAGGGCUGCAGGAAUUGAAAGCUUUACUUCGCUGGCGCCGACUCAGAGAUGAGGUGCAGAACUCUGAAGAAGAGCUGCAAGUUUUAAGGCCCAAAAAGGAGAGCACAGGAGAAACGAGCGAGUCUGGAGCAUCCAUUGUCAAACAUGGUCUUAAAGCAGAAAAAGUCUUCAUGCAGGUCCACUACUUAAAGGGUUACUUCCUUUUGCGGUCUCUGGCAAGGACAAUAGGAGAGGCUUCAUACCUUUCAUCUUUACGAAAAUUUGUCCAUAAGUUCCAUGGACAGCUUGUCCUUUCUCAGGAUUUUCUUUGCAUGCUGUUGGAAGACAUACCUGAAGAAAAAGAAUCUGGAUUAACUGCAGAAAGCAUCUUCCAGAAUUGGCUUGACACUUCCGGAAUACCAAAGCCUUUGCUGGAGGAGGGCGAGACGUGGAAGGAGAGUCGGCUCGUCCAGCAAGUGAGCGGCGAGGUCACAAAAUGGAUUCGGACAAACCAGAUGAUGAGAAAAAGUGGCAAAAAGAGAAGAAGGCUGGAUGAAGUUGUUUUCCAAAAGCUUCUCCCUGACCAGCUGGUCUUACUUCUGGAGUCUCUCUUGGAGGUGAAGACGUUGUGUCCUAGAAUACUGCAGUGCUUAGAGAAAACGUACCAUCUCCGGGAGCAAGAUGCUGAGGUUCGGCAUCGGUGGUGCGAGCUUAUUGUUAAACACAAGUAUGUGCCUGGGUAUGAAGAUGUUGAGAAAUUCCUCAGAGAAGAUCAGGCAAUGGGUGUGUAUCUCUAUGGUGAAUUAAUGGUGAAUGAAGAUGUGAAACAACAAGAACUUGCACAUAAAUGCUUUGCUGCAGCGCGAGAACAUAUGGAUGCAUCCUCAGCCAAAGUGGUGGCAGAGAUGUUGUUCUGAAGAGGUGAUUUUUCUUUUUAGAUUAAACACCCUGGCUUUGCCUCAUGCUGAAAUAAGGUGCAGAUGUAAUAAAUUUUGGCACACCAUAGAGCUUGUGGCUGCUUUGCUCGAGAAGUAACUCUUGUUAAAAAUGUCUUGCUUUUUCUU